UCGAGCAGGCUGAGAGAGCUCAUACAGCCAGCGAGCGAUGGAUGGGGGAGGCAGGGUUUCGUGGAUGAAAUAUGGGCCCGUUGUGUCCUUGCUUGUGGUUCUUUUGGCCGUGUGGUUCCGGUCACCCCAGGAUGGAGACCUGGACGACAGGCUGGACACCGUGUUGUCCUCUCUGCUGCGGGCGGAGCGCAAAGUGGGCAUGAACGACGUCGCCAGACCGAGAGUAGCUGUUGGUUUUGGAGGUUGUGUGGACCUGAUAGUUGACGGCGUAACAUUGCUUAAUAAGAUUGGCCUCCCCCCCACAGACCAGCCGCUUCAUCAUGACUACAUAGAAAACACUGCGCAGCUGGCUGAGAGCUUUGCCUACUUUUUUGCACCGGGAGCUGCUGCAGAGCGGUUUAUGCUAAAUGACACCCUCUUUAGUGAGCUGGUUGAAGCAUCCCGUGAUUUACCUGGAAACAGAUGGUCGGUAGGUGGAAAUGCCCCAGUAAUGGCUGGCCGCAUGGCAAUUGAGGGUUGUGAUGUGUUGCUAGGGGGAAGCUUCAGCCCUGACUUUACAGAUGUCCUGUCCCAGCACAUCACAGUGGCUGGUAACACAGUAGAGGAGCCAGACAUUCAUCUCAUCCUGGAGUAUCCAUCUGGUGCCUGCUGGGGGCGCUAUACCUCACAUCGAGCCAACAGGUAUAUCAUCCACAGUGAUGACCAUAACCCCUACCUGGCCUCCAUGGAGGAAUUUGCAAAGAAGCUCAAAGACUUUGACCCAGAUCUGCUGGUGGUGGGCGGACUGCAAAUGAUGGACAACUUCCCUUUCCACUCAGGUGAGCGUGAUGCGCUCCUCUCCCGCCUGGCUGACCUGCUCACCUCCACAUCUCCCACAAUUGGCAUCCAUUUUGAGAUGGCCAGUUUUGUAGAAGAGAGCAUAAUGGAAGACCUGCUUCAUUAUGUUAUCCCCCAUGCGGACUCUCUAGGAAUGAAUGAACAGGAACUUCCCAACCUGCUCAGUCUACUUAAAGGCUCCAACAUCACAGUUUUGUCUGACCCAAACCCCCGUGUAGCUACCGUCCUGGACCAGAUGAGAGAGGUUUAUCGCAUUAUCAACCAGCGCUACAAGGAUGCCAGUGCAGAAAAUGACAGCACUAAGGCUAAGCCCCUAACCAGGCUCCAUGUCCACACACUGGCCUUUCAGGCCAUGAUCGUGACACGUGGCUCCCAGUGGAAGAACACAAUGUCAGCCACUGCCAAGGCCUCCCUCACAGCUAACCGCCAUGUCUGUGGCUCUAAUGACAUUGAUCCCAACAAGGCGAGGCUUAUCAUGGACGACUCGUUCUCUGUGAGUCGUCAGGAGGGCAGCCAGCGUAUCCCCCUGCAGGAGACCAGGCCCGUCAGCUGCUGGGAUGAGGAGGACUACGAAAUCUGCGUGGCUCCUGUGCUGGUGUGCACUGAGGUUUACCAAACUGCAGGUGGAGGAGACAACAUCUCAGCUGCUGGCCUGGUGCUGCAGAUAUAGAGAAGGAAGGAAACUAUAAUGGUCUGUCUGUGUGUAGUGCUAACUAGAUGUUGGCAAACAACUCUGGAAACUUGAUCUAGGUCUGAUGCAAAAUAGCCAUCAUGGCACACACAGGUAAUGACUGUGAGUAUCUGACUAAUGCCAUCACUCUUGCAGCUCACAGCCAAGAUGGACCAUGAGGAAAACUGAUUAUCAUUCAUAGGAGUCAGAUGAUGGGGUAAAGUGGUUUGGUCAUCAGGUUAGACCACCAGAUUUUUUUAAUUUACAGGCUCAGUAUGUCUGUGAACAUACAAGAAUAUGUAAUUACACUUUCUUUGCCAGAGUGCAAAAUCCUUUAGCAUCCAGUUUAUUUGGUUUUAGAACCAAAACUUUGAGCCGACACUGUCCUCUUCUGUCCUACGUUUUAUUCAAUAUCAUGCUUUUAUCUUUGACAAACCAUUGUAGCCCAUCACCUGACUCUAAUGAUGGCAGUGAUGGUCACCUGUUCUCUAUUUCUCUAAGGCCUUAAAAGACUCGGCCUUCAGUAGGGAUGUGAUAAGGAGGGAUGAGGUUUGGACAAAGUCUUACAGACACGGGGUUGGUUAAAACACAAAGUUUAGAAAAGUAUACUAAAAUGAUCUGUGAUGAAACAAGGAUCAUUAAACCUAUGGCUCCACUAAACUGUAAACUCAUACUGACUAUUACAAAUUUAGUUUCAGACAGAUCCUGUCAUGAAGGUCUGAGUCCUUUAUAAUGAGAAGGCUCCAUCCUGCCUCAUCCCAUCUGCUGUCUUAUCACAAAGGUGAAGAAAGAUUUAAAGUAGAACGCUUGUGAUCACCUACCAUUCUUCCCAGUAUAUGUGAAAAUUUUACAUGCAGGUUUGGGUGUGUUUGAUCUGUUUUAAUAUUGUCAUUCCUGUGUGUCAGUUGCAGUGCAAUAAUGCAAAAAGAAAAGUUUUAUGAGACCACUUUUGGUAGCUGGAUAUGAUGUCACAAAUGUCCUCUCUACCUCCAUUGUCAUUUUUUCUUCUUCUUCCCAUUUCCAUUCAUCAUACUUUUCUGUUGUCUGUCAUAUUUCUUCCUUGUCCUCAUCUCAUGUUUAUUUAUGGCUUUUUAAGGACCAAAUUACCAGUGUGGAGAUCUCCAGACUGCUCCUGCUGAAAGGUAGAAGUGAUUGGCAGCUGGUUUCCACACUCAUACAAUAUAGUGGAACAUCUAGUUUAUAGUUUAAUGUGUCUCAUAUCUAUCUUUCAUUCUGUGGCAUAGUGGAACACACUGAAUUUACAUUUUCCAUGUUUAGUCUUCAUCUCAUUUAUAGUCGCAUCAGAGACCAGAUAUUUUUCUCCCUUCAAUAUCCAUCAAUAAUAAAAACCCACAUACUGCUGAUUGUUCGAUCUCUACUGGUAGUCAGUGACAUCAAUCACAAAGCCACUAUGUUCUCAAUUGCAAUUUAAAAUAAAGAUAAUGUAGAAUUUAAACCUGGGCCUUCCCUCUGAAUGGCCAUUAUCACACAACCAUCUCACUCUUUUCAGGGUUGUCAGUUUAAAACUAUUUACUACACAGAGACUGGACUAAAUCAAACAUUCCAUUACACAUUCAUUGUCAGCUGUUUUCACCAUUCCCAAUGAAGUAUGCUCACUAUAAAUACACUCAAUAUGAAGUUUUUUUUCCUUGCUUACAAAAUGUUCAUUACUUUUGUUAAAAAUUGCUUCUCAAACAGAAAAUCACAUUUUCAGAGAGGAACACAUUUAUUUUUGUUACAAUGCAACAAGUAUGAGGUCAAGAGAGGAUAUGAAAAGUAAAUGAGUCGUUUUUAAAUGUUUUCCUUGUAUCGACUGAUUUGAUGCUGUUUGAUUAUGCUGAAGGUAAAUGAGCCUUAUUCUGUCUGUCUGACUUUUGGUGUUUAGUGAAAAGGGAAUGUUUAAUACAGACUUUUUCUAUUACUGUAGGCUUUUGUUUUUAUUUUCUGAUGUCCUCUUCUUGCACAGUGAUUGGAAGCCAAGAGUAACGGGUUGUGUUUUUACUGUGAAAUGUUUAAAGCAGAACUUCAGCAUGCAUUCACACUCAGAUCUAAAGUUUGCAUUUACCACCAUAUCAUAACUUAUCUAAAUGCUAGAUAAGUGCUGUCAUUCAUGUUCCAAAGCUGUGUAACUUUCAUGCAUGUUAACUAUUCAAUGCAGAAUCACUUCCGAUAAAAUGCUAAGCAGUCA